AUGUCGGCCGCUCAGCAAAAGAUCAAGGUUGCCGUCGUAGGCUUUGGCAUGUCGGCGACAGUCUUCCACAUCCCCUUCAUCCUGUCCCUCCCCGACCAGUUCGACCUCAAGGUCAUCGUUGAGCGGUCCGCCACUGCCGACAAGUCCAAGGCCCGCAAUGCUUUCCCCGGCGUCAAGGUCGUCAACACGCUUGAGCAGGCGCUGGCGGAGGACGUCGACGCAGUCUGGAUCCUCUCGAUCAACGACACGCACUACGAGUACGCGAAGAAGGUGCUCGAGGCGGGCAAGCAUGCCGUUGUCGAGAAGCCCGUGACGCCAACGUCGCAGCAGGCAUACGAGCUCGCUCAGCUCGCGAAGGAGAAGGGGCUCGUCUUGGCCGUCUACCAGAACAGGCGGUGGGACUCCGACUACCUCACGGUCAAGAAGAUGGUCCAGGACGGCACCUUUGGCGAGCUUUCCGAGUUCCAGUCCAACUUUGACCGCUACAAGAACGUCCCGAACGCCAAGCUCUGGAAGGAGGCCCCCCUUCCUGGCGCUGGCGCAGCGUUCGACCUCGGAUCCCACCUCAUCGACCAGAUCCUCGAUCUCUUCGGCGCGCCCAAGAAAGUCACCGGCCUCGUCCGCAACUCGCGCUUGAUCGGACACGCAGAAGUGCCCGACUCGUUCGUCAUCCACCUCCACUACGACGCACAGGAGGGCAAGCCUGGCCGCCAACUCCCCCUCAUCGCGACCGCUCGAGGCUCCAUCCUCUCCCUCGUCUCUCCCCAGCUCCGCUUCACCGUCAAGGGCACCCAGGCGACGUUCGUCAAGCACGGCAUCGACCAGCAAGAAUCCCAGCUCGUUGCGCACGGAAAGGACGCCCUCAAGCUCCCCAACUUUGCGCAGGAGCCGUCCGAGAUGGCCGGCUUGCUGUACAAGCUCGAGAACCCGAACCAGCCGGAGAAGGUCGAAUCGUUGAAGGGCGACUAUGCGAGCUGGUUCGCCAACGUUGCCGACGCACUCAAGAACGGCGCCGACAGGUUGAUCGUCAAGCCGGAGCAAGCAGCGAUGACCAUCCGGGUCAUCGAGCUGGCGGAGCAGUCGAGCAAGGAGGGACGCACGCUCGACUUCUAA